UUUUGACAUAAAAUAAUGUUGCACUGAGCAUGCGCUCAUUUAAAGGAACUUUUAAGGAUAAAUACAAUUAUACUCGCCAGUCUUCAAUUCGAGACUAUUUUAUAAGAAACUCGAAAAAAUGAUAUUAAUCUGAUAAAUAAUUAGUUAUCUGUUCAAGUGAAUCGGCAGUAUUUCGAAAGGCAACUGAAAGCCAGAAACGUCUUAAUUUAUCAGAGAGAAAAACGAAAUAAGUACAUACCAUACAUACAUAUUAAAAUGAUUAACGAUACGAGGAAAUAUUGGACAGUUGUACUCUGCCUAUUUUCGUUUUCAUUUUCCUUGAUCAACGGCUCCUUCAUAUUGCCAGAGAAUGACCCUCCCACAACGGCGCCAAAAUUCUUAUCCAGAGGUCACUUGUACAAGGUCAUCGUGGGGGAGACCAUCGAGUUGCCCUGCAAAGUACAGAACCUCGGCUCCUUUGUGCUCUUGUGGCGGAAGGGGUCAUCCGUUCUCACAGCCGGACAUUUGAAAAUAACAAGGGAUCAGCGCUUUAAGAUAGUGGGAGACUAUAACUUACAGAUCAAUGGAGUAAAGACUCAAGACGCUGGAGACUAUAUAUGCCAGCUUGGUGAUCAGGAAAACCGGGACCAAGUUCAUACGGUGGAAAUCUUGGUUCCGCCCACACUGAGGGCCCUUCCUCAUAAUGGUCAAGUGACUGCCCGGAAGGGAAGCACCGUCACCCUGGAGUGCAAGGCGUCUGGUAAUCCGGUGCCCACCAUAUUUUGGUUCAAGAAGGAUGUGUUUUCCGGGCCAACACACCUGUCGGAUAGCUCUACACUCAUAUUGGAAAACGUGGACAGGCACCAUGCAGGCACAUAUCAAUGCUCAGCCGAUAAUGGGGUAAAAGAUCGCGUAUCCAUGGACAUACAGCUGACCAUACUCUCUCCCCCUGAAAUAACGGUAGAGAAAUCUUGGGUCCAUGCAUCCGAAGGAUACGAUGUGGAGCUCGUUUGCAUAGUUCAUGGAGAUGUAAACUCAGAAAUGCUGUGGUACCAAAACUCUUUUCUACUCGAUGCUACCGAUCGCCGAUCUAUGUAUCCACGAGAUGAUAGGUACAGCCUCAUUAUCCGAAACUUCCAGCCAACGGAUUUUGGCAAUUAUAGCUGUGUGGCGGAUAAUGCUUUGGGGAGAACAAAGAAGUAUAUUGAAGUAUCUGGACGACCUGGUCCUGCCGACUUUAUAUCCCCUGCGUUGAGUGGAUUCCUGGACCACUACAACCUGACGUGGACAAUUGAGUCCAUACCUCCGCUUGAUGAAAUUAAAUUGCUGUAUCGCCGUUUAUUGAUGAAUGAAACCUAUCAGCACCCUGGUAAAUGGCACGAGUAUCACAUCAAGCCAACGCCAAUCAGAACGGAUGGAUCCCACUUUCUCAUGUCGUAUCUUGUCAAAAACUUGGAACACAACGCUGUCUAUGAAGCUAUUGUUCAGGCUAAAAAUAAGUACGGAUGGAACGAGAUAAGCGAUAUCCAUCAGUUCUACACGCGAAAUCAUGAUCUUCUCCUCGAUAUCGACAUGGAAUACAAAAUGGGCAUUUCAAGCAAUAUUCGAAUAUCUCCAACUGAUUUCGGAAUAAUUUUAUCUGUAUUUAUGUUAGUACUCUAUCCCAUCAUUAGUGUUUAAGGAAUAACAACUAGGGUUUAUUUGCAAAUAUAAUUUAAAUGGUGCCUUACUAAAACUUUAGCAAAUAAUUAAAUUUACAUGUAUGUACAUUAAGAAAUCGUAUUAAAUGUAUUAAAAUCUCAAUAGAAUACUUCUCUCAAUAGAAAGUUAAUGAAUGUACUUCCGCAAUGGUUUAAGAUAAGAAACCGAUCUUAACUUUUUAUCAUUUUUCACAUAUGUUAUCAAAAGUACCGUUUUCUAAAAUGUUCAAGUGAAUAUUUACCAUACCAACAAAUAAUAUUAAUUUCACUCUGUAACCAUAACAUACCAGAAACAUUUAAGAAUAUUUUAGGAGCUAUAAAACAAUUUUUUUUUUACCAUUUUGAAAUAUUUUGGUAUUUCAUCCAAAUAACGUUAGCCUUAGAGGUGUUUUAAAAAACGAAAUGAAUCUGAGAAAAUUGUUAAUCUCAGCCUCCCGCUAGCCCGAUCCAUGAACUGAGUACCGGAUUAUAUCAUAAUUACUCUCAAAAAGAUAUAAUACAUCAGCCUAAGCGAGCAGCUGGUAUUGAUAAGAAAUAAUAGCGGCAUGCCGUAGAGGAUAAAAUAGUAGGUCAUUGAUUAGAAUACACUUAUCUAACUACGAUUGGCUAAUUAAAUCGAAUAAUAAAUACGAAAACAAAAAUUCGUAUAUUGG